AUGGCAACACACAGCAUCAUCUCCCGAGAGGACCUCAUUUGUCCUCAGUGUACGGACAUCUACUGCUUCCCUGUUCUCCUCCUGUGUGGACAUAAUGUUUGCAAACUUUGCCUGCAGAAGUUCUGGGAAUGGAAAGGAUGUCAAGAGUGUCCUGUGUGCAAGGUCGUGUCCAUUCCCAAAAGGCCUCCCAUCAACUUGGCUCUGAAGAUAGCAGCGGACAAGUACCACCAGGAGAAGGCCAAGAUGAGUGUGGAGCGUUGCAGCCUUCACGAGGAAAAGCUCACUGUUUAUUGUCAGAAUGACGAGAAGCCUAUUUGUCUGCUCUGCCAAAUGUCCAAACUGCACAAGGUCCACGAAUGCUGCCCACUGGAUGAGGCUGCCAAGCAAAAGAAGGAAGAUAUCACGGGCAGGCUGGAGACUCUGAAGAAGAAGCUGCAGACGCUGGACAAGACAAGGGAGAGCUGGGAAAGAACAAGGACAUUUAUACAGAGGCAAGCAGAUGAAAACAACAGAACCAUCCGGGAGGAGUUCCAGAAGUUGCACAAAUUUCUUUUUGAGGAGGAAAACUCCAGACUUCAGGUGCUUGCACAGGAAGUGGAAGUGAAGGUCAAGGUGAUGAGUCUCAAACUGGAUUUCAUGGAGAAGCAGAUCAAGAGUCUCUCCUCUGUCAUCAGUAACACAGAGAAGAGACUGGAAGGAGAUGAUUUAUCGUUUUUGCUGGACUACAAUGACACCAAGAAGAAGCUCAAGUGCAAUUUUAAAGAACCAGAAAUAAUCAGAGACAUCCUGAUCAACUCUGCCACACAUCUGGCGUCGCUUAAAUUUCAUGUUUGGAGGAAGAUGGAGCACCUUGUCAAAUAUGUUCCCAUCACGUUGGAUCCAAACACGGCCCAGGCCAACUUAGAGCUGUCAGAGGAGCUGAGUUGCAUGCAGUACAGCAGUCAGCGAGCACUCCCAGACAACCCUGAACGCUGCACGGGUGGGGUUUGCGUGCUGGGAGCGGGUGGAUUUGUGUCAGGUAAACACAGCUGGACAGUGGACGUGAGUCGGGGUAAAGACUGGUACAUCGGGGUUGUCCGGGAGUCCAUCCAAAGGAAGGGGGCCAUGUCCCUAAAGCCGUCUGACGGAGUCUGGAUUAUUGGCGGGAUGAUAGGGGACGUCCUGUGGGCUCAGACUUCGCCUCGUACCAGGCUGGAAUGGAAGCAGAAGGCUGAAAGGAUUACGGUGGAGCUGGACUACGACAAGGGCAAGGUUGCGUUUAUCAAUGCUGCAGAUUCAAAGAGCAUUUUCACAUUUAAAGACAAGUUUACGGAGAGGAUCUUCCCCUAUUUCUCUGUUGGGAUUCACGAAGAAGGCAGUGGCUCCUUCCCCCUGGCAAUAUGUUCUCAGAACAUCACACUCACUGUAUCAGACAAGUGA